ACACUCUUACGCUCCUCUCUACCUUUCCUCAAUCCCCUGCUACGUUUCUGCAUUCCUUAUUUUUACACUUUAAAAAUCAUGAGAACUACUACUUCUGGUCAGUCACUUGGUGCUCUGCUGCUGGUUCUAUCCAUUCUUAUGGCGUUGACAGACCAGUCCAAUUGUCGGCCAAUCAGGUCCUCUGGAUACGGAGUUAGAUUAGUGGAGAUCAACAACAGAACCAAGACGAAGUUCCCUUUCCCGAUUCCGGCGAGGCUUGCGGCGAUGUCCCGGUUCGUUCCGGGGAAAAGUGGGUCGGAUUACGAGCUCGACAAGCCAAUGCACAGCAUUUCGGAUCGGUGGAUCCCCGAUGGACCGAACCCACUUCACAAUUAGAGUCCGGAAAUGAUGAGGUUGAUCAAAGUCGGGGGAAAGAAUCAAAUUGGUUCUCGGAA